AACCUACUGGUCAAUCAAACGAUUACAGAGAGAGCACCGCCUUGGCAGAAAAUAUUUCAAUGUCCACACGAGCAAAUGCCAGGAAAGCGAGCUGUCAGGGCGUUCCUGCUCCUUCUAAGAACGGUUCUGGAAUCAGUUGUGAACCAUCAGAACAAAAAGUGUUUGAAUGCUUGUGCAAAGAUUACGACUGUUCCGUCUCUUUUUCAGUCAUAGCCAAGCGAACCGAUCUGUUUCCGAGCGAAUUUAAAGACAUCGAAUCUUGGUUUCGAAGAAAGAAGGGCAGCUUUCGGUUGACAGAAAACGAUAGAGGAACUAUCCUACAAGUAGAUGCUCUCUCUGCAAAAGCCCGGCUCUGCUUCAGUUACAAUAACGUCUCAGGGACGUGCAAGAAAGCAAGCUGCUCGUACCUACAUGUCUGUAGAGAUUACGUCACCGAUUCCUGUCGUGAUGGAGCAACAUGCAUGCGGAAUCACUACUUCCACAAUGAGAAGGACAAAGCUUUGCUGUCGAGGAUCAAGCUUGAUCAAUUAACAGACAAGCAACUCAGUCGGCUAGUACGUUCCUCAGCACCUCUGGUAUGUGUCGAAUACAACCAUGGUAUAUGCGAUCGUGGAGAUGAUUGCCCUAGAAUUCACAUGUGUAGUGACCACUUAAAAAAGUGCCACACAGAAGGAUAUGACUGCGAGUUAGAUCAUGAAUCUGCCAUGACCUCUAACCACACCCAAACAAUUCUUGAACGUUACCACAUGGAGCACAUGAAGUCAGAUGUCGUGAAGAGGAUUGUACUAGUUUAUGAUGACUCAACUAAGGUCAAAGAAGCAGGUCAUGUUCAUCACUAUAAGCCAGAUACACCCAUCUGCUCAGAUUUCAUUCUCGGUAAAUGCAAGAAAGGCUUCAAAUGUCCAGGACAUCACUGCUCUUUGGCUUUCCACUGGCAAUACAAACUUCCACAUGAGGAAUGGAAGAGCUUCAAUGAGACGGACAACGAGAAGCUGGAGAAAUUCUACUGUGACGUGACGCUCGAGAACUGCUCAGCUACAGGCUUUCAGAUUUCUCUUGAAAGCGAUGGCUUCCUAUUGCUAGAUGAAGGAUAUGACGUGAACUUUCUGCUUGAUAAUAAGAUGAUGAUUAUACAGAAAGAUUUUGACGUCAUGGCCAACAUAAGGCGACUCUCCUCUGAGUCGUACGCCAGCAAUCCUGCGAACCCUGUGGCUACUGCGUGGACCUGGUACUGGCAGAAUGAGAGUGGAAUCUGGCUAGAGUACGAUGUGGACCACUUGGACAGGGAUUUGCAGAAACCAAUCGAGGAAGCAUUCUUAAGCAAAGCAAACUGCUUCAGUUUUAAAAUUUCAGACCAAGAUUACAGAUUGUAUUUUUGUUCAACAACUGAGAUGCACCAGGAAAACGUGAGGUAUGGAACUAGAAAGGAAGUGAGGAGAAGACCGGCAGAUUUUAGAUCAAGAGCGGACAUUCAACAACUUAAAAGGUUUGUGCAGAAUACUGAUUUUUACAUGACAAAGAAAAAGGAGAACAUGUUGGCGGUCAAGACUGGGGGCCAAAAGCGAAUCUUUCUGAACGAGAAAAGAUUGUUUCAUGGGACUAGCCCUGAAACCGUGGAGGCCAUCUGUAAACAGAACUUUGAUUGGCGCUUGCACGGAAAGAACGCGACGGUGUAUGGGGAGGGAAGCUACUUCGCUUUGAAUGCCUCUUACAGCGACGCUUACGCCAAGGAAGACAUGAAUUCUUGUCGAUUCAUGUUCGUGGCCAAAGUCCUUGUUGGUUCUUAUACUAAGGGCCACUCCAGUUAUCGAAGACCGCCACAGAAAGAUCCUUCAAACCCAGCGAGCGAUCUGUACGACUCCUGUGUGGAUGACAAAUCAAAUCCAACCAUUUUCGUUGUUUUCGAUACCGAUCAGUUCUACCCUGAGUACAUAAUCAAGUACUCACAUGAGAGUGCUUGGUAUUCAGUAGCAUACCAAGCAGCCCACGGUAGCUAUCAGCAGCCAGUGGGUAGAAAGCCAGUGCCAAAGCCGAGUCUUCCUAAAGCAGCACCAUUGCAAUCCAGAGCUUCUCAGUCGCACACCGCCAGUACCGCGGCCAUGUCAAGAAACUCGAGUACGUCGGUAUAUUCUAGCAGAUCUGGUGUAUCUGUUGGUUAUUCCACAGGCUCGAAUGCUAGUGGAGUAUCAUCAUACAGCACAACAGGUGGAUCCACCUCUGGUUCAUCGAGUGGUUAUAAUACUUCUUCAGCUUCAAACGCCGCUAGCACGCGACACCAAAGCACGGUUCUGUUAACUUCAACCUCAUCUGAAUAUAAGGAAAUGGAGAUGUUUUUUAAGAAAACAGUAAACAAGAGCGUGGUCAUCAAAAGCAUUGAACGUGUACAGAACCCGUUCAUGUGAGAAAAGUAUCAGAGGAAAAAGGAGAACAUGCUUGCCGUCAAGACUGGAGGCCACAAACGAAUCAUUCAGAUCGAGAGGAGAUUGUUUCACGGAACUAGCCCUGAAACCGUGGAGGCCAUCUGCAAACAGAACUUUGAUUGGCGCUUACACGGAAAGAACGCAACCAAGUAUGGGGAGGGAAGCUACUUCGCUUUGAAUGCCUCUUACAGCGACGCUUACGCCAAGGAAGACAUGAAUUCAUGUCGAUUCAUAUUCGUUGCCAAAGUCCUCGUUGGUUCUUAUACUAAGGGCCACUCCAGUUAUCGAAGACCGCCACAGAAAGAUCCUUCAAACCCAGCGAGCGAUCUGUACGACUCCUGUGUGGAUGACAAAUCAAAUCCAACCAUUUUCGUUGUUUUCGAUACCGAUCAGUUCUACCCUGAGUACAUAAUCAAGUACUCACAUGAGAGUGCUUGGUAUUCAGUAGCAUACCAAGCAGCCCACGGUAGCUAUCAGCAGCCAGUGGGUAGAAAGCCAGUGCCAAAGCCGAGUCUUCCUAAAGCAGCACCAUUGCAAUCCAGAGCUUCUCAGUCGCACACCGCCAGUACCGCGGCCAUGUCAAGAAACUCGAGUACGUCGGUAUAUUCUAGCAGAUCUGGUGUAUCUGUUGGUUAUUCCACAGGCUCGAAUGCUAGUGGAGUAUCAUCAUACAGCACAACAGGUGGAUCCACCUCUGGUUCAUCGAGUGGUUAUAAUACUUCUUCAGCUUCAAACGCCGCUAGCACGCGACACCAAAGCACGGCAACCAGAUCUUACUUGGGUGCAUCUAUUAAUUGUUAUUCCUCCUCAGCUUCAAACACUUCUGGCACAACGUACCAAAGUGCAGCAAGUGGAGCGUACUCUGGCACAUCGAAUGGUUAUUACACUUCAUCACCUUCAAGCUCUUCUAGCACACCAUACCAGAACACAACUAGCAGAUCAAACCCCUAUGGCCCAUCGACGCAGUCUGGUGGCAUGUAUCGUAGCUCCUCAAAGGACAAAAGCAAAUGUUCGGUUAUGUAACUGUAAUACGAGUCUGUGUGUUUUGAAGUGAUGGAGGUAUGUGUGCCGUAAUACCUUUGGUCCGUAACAAUGUUCUGUUAAAGGUUAACACAAUGAUGCUAGUACUAAAUCCUUUUUACAAGAUGGCAUUAUAGAUUAAAUUUGAUUGGUUCUCUCCCAAAAUACUUCUGCACUGUCACACUGCAUCGAGCACAUUUAGAUCAGAUGCAAUGGUAGAUCAAUACAACUUUUAUUUGGCUUUCAUUGAUUUUGCUUUUUAGUUGAUACUACUUAUCUCGUCAGGAAAUUCAAGUUCUUGUAUAUGGGGGAUAAAUUUAUAUCUACGAUAAAUACAGUUUAAGGAUCCCCGAAGGCGUGGGCCUUGGUUGUUGAAAUAUGUGGUCGGGUCAACAGGCUUUUUGAUAUGAUACUUACCAAGCCUUUGUUUAGACCGAACGAGUGUCAGUUUCGAAGGGGUGGUACUUUUCUAUGUGUUAGAUGCAUGGUCACAAAUUCAUGUACGUCCACAUCCCUGGACCGGUACCAUCGCCCUUGAAAUCCUACGUUAAAAAGAUGAAAAGUUCCUUUGAAGGUUCAGAAGUACAAAAAACAAAAACAAAGAUCUUACGAGAGGAAUCCUACCAAAAACCGGAAAUAUGGAAAAGUAGUAGCUGGAUCACAGAGGUGGCAGUUUAUUUUUCUUCUCAACGAGAGAAGAUGGAGUCUCGCGUUCUGUAUUUGACAUGUAACAAAUGAAAAAUUAAAACAAACAAACAAACAAACAAAACAAAACAAAAAAAACAAUUGAGAAAAAGAACUGAAAAAUAAGGAAACAUGUGGGUUAUUAUUUUCCCAGUAAUACCUAGAAGCUUGUAAAUCCUCUGAUUAGGUUUCUCAACCUGAAAGGUAUGGAGGAUUACAGAAUGAAAAACAAAAACAAACAAAAACAAACAAACAAACAAACAAACAAACAAAUGAGUUCAGUAACACUAAAUAAGCCGCAAAACAAACAAAGAAAUGAGCAAAUACAAAACAUUACAAACAAAAAAUAUUUUGACAAUAUAGAAGGGCCACAGCCAGUAUGAAUCAUGGUAAAAUAUAAAAACGUUCUGCGGCUAAAAGUAUAUAAAAAACACAAGCUUUGGACUGUCUUAACUACAGUCUUGAGCGGGCGAAAUGGUGCUAAAAAUUCGAAAAUAUAGUGUGAUAAAAUACAUUAGACUAAAAUACGAUAGAAAACAAUGGAGUAAGAUUAUGGAACAAACUUAAGACUUUUUGUUAAAAAGAAUGCUAUAUUGUCCUGAGAGUGGACAAUAACGCCUCCAUCAUUGACAAAAGCAACAAUCAAAUCUGAAAGUUCCUGGAUUCCUGGCAUGUCAAGUCAACCCCCACUGCGGACAAUAACUCUUGUCCACUCCCAGGACAAAACAGCAUUCUUUUUAACAAAAAAUCUUAAGUUUAUUUAAUAAUUUUACUCUAUUGUGUUUUAUCGUAUUUUAGUCUAUUGUAUUUUAUUGCGCUCUAUUUUAGAAUUUUUGGCGCCUUUAUACCAUUUUGUUGUCUAAAUAUGAUUCGUUAGUUGUCAAGGUCGAUCUGCUUGUUGUUAGACUUAUCUCCAUUUUCAAUACAUGGGGUUAUAUAAGGAGAUGAGAUAAUAAGCUAUAUUAAUGGAUAAACAUAAGGGCACAUACCUAUAGCGGGCGCUCAGCAGCUAGGGAACAAAAACAUAUGUUACAAUAUAAUAUUUGCAAGGUUAAUUAACUGAAGAAACAAGAAAUGCAAAUUAAUAUUUGUGAAAUUCUAAGGUUUUUGACUGGAGUUGAAAAAUUUUCCCUGUCUUGAGGACGAGCUAUAUUAAUUUAAGGGACCAAUACCAAAAAAGAUUAAAAGUAAUGUCAGUCGACGUUUCGAUGCAUCAAGCAUCAUUCUCAAGAUUGAUUGAGGUCGUCAAUUGGCAUUGCUUUUAAUCUUUCUUGUCAAAUGUUUAAGAAGCAACUCAUUAA